AAAAGAAGAAGAAGAAGAAAAAAAAAAAAAGAAAAACUCCCUAUAAAUUCCCCUAUCUCUCAUUUCUACCUUCUUCAUCAAACUUUUAAACCUUAUUCUCUCUCUUCCAUCUCAAUGGCCAAAGUGUACCCUCAAACCUUACCGUCGCCGUCGCCGUCAUCAUCUCCGUCGUCUUCAUCGCUCUGUUCCGAAACCGAAAGCGAAACCUUCACAAUUUGGAUGAAAUCUCUGAUUUACCACACAAAUGGCUGCACCGUCUUCGAUUCCAAUGGCGACAUCGUCUACAGAGUCGAUAACUACGACAGAAAAUGCAGUCGGGAAGUAUUUCUCAUGGAUCUCAGAGGAAAAGUUCUGUUCACCAUCAGAAAAAAGAAAUUCUCGAUUCUUGGAGGAUGGGAAGGAUUUCGAUGGAUCGAAUCGGAGAGAAGUAAGAAGGCUAGCUUUGGAGUGAAGAAACUGUACAGAACAGCUUCGAGGAAGAGCAAUCAAUCGGUAUGUGAAAUAAAUGUGGGAUUUGAGAGAUUUUCAUUGGUGAAAAUGGAUGGGAAACUGGCUUUCAGAAUAAUCAACAUCAAUGGAGAAGUAGUUGCAGAGGUAAUUAUAAAUCUGAAUCUGAAUCUGAAUCUGAAUCUGAAUUUGGUAGAAGCGGAUUUGAAAAUAAUUGAUUUGAUUGUGUUAUUGCAGGCGAAAAGAAAAGUAUCAUGGAACGGAAUAUUAUUGGGAGAUGAUGUGUUGAGUUUAAAUGCAAAUUCUCAGAUUGAAAGAUCUUUGAUUAUGGCUUUGGUCACUGUUUAUGGCUUAAUCCGUCGCCAAAUGUAAAAUUAAAUUAUAAAGAGGAAAAAAUGAGGAAAAAAAACAGAGAGUUUAUACAAAUUUUCCUUUUUUUUUUUUUUUUUGGUUGAGGAUUUUGUGAUUUGUAUAGAACUUUCCGGAUUUUGGUUUCUUGUAAAGGAUUAGUGUAGAAGUUACGAAGGAAUACAGAUAUCAAUUUCAUUCAUUAAUUC